CUAUCAAUCCAUUUUGAAAUUAAAUCAGCUUGCUGGGGUGUAAUAAUGUUUGAGUCAACCUCUAUACAAGUUUUUGAUGUACUUUUACGGGUUACCGAUUUAUAAUCACUUGACUCAAUAUCAUUACAAGUUACUGAUUUAUCAUCUGAUCCAAUACUUUUACAAGUUUCUGGGUCAUUACUUAACUCAAUUUGGUUACAAUUUUCUGAAUUUCCAUUUGAUCCACUUGAUUCAAUAUUUUUGUAGGUUUCUGACUCACUGUUUGACUCAAUUUGAUUACAAGUUUUUGUCGACUCUAUAUUUUUGUAGUUUUCUGAUUUACUACCACUCGAUUCAAUAUUUUUACAUGGUUCCGAUUUACCAUAUGGCUCAUUAUUAUAACAAGUUUCUGAUUUAACAUAGGUAUUUAACAAAUUCGUUAAUAAAUCUUCGGGAAGAAUAUUUCUAUAAGGAAAAACAUUAUCCAUAAACUCUUUAGAAGAUAAGCUACAGAACCCAAUAAAAGGAAUAAAUUGUUGUAA